UCAAGAUCAAGAAGCUCAACCCAAAAUGCACAUGCUUUACCUUACUACCUUCCUAUUUCCAUCUCUACUUUAGCUGUCAUCAUUCACAUAAAAUCAUAAAAUACAGCUUACCAUUUGCCAACUGACCUUUUCUUCCUUCUUUUUCACAUUCCCAACUGGCAAACAAAACAAAUCCAUCCCUAAACUAAACCACCCCUUCAUUCAUACUAUACUAUAAAGUCACAAAUCAACCCUAAAAUAUAUUAACCAUUUCAUCAAAAAGCAUCAUAACAACCAAACCAAAACACAAACACAAAAACAUCAUAGUACAUUGUCCAAACAUCAUAGUACAUUAUUAGAUUCCAAUGGAACAAGAAGAAGACAUAUCACCAUUUUGGCUCCCAAAAACCACCACAAACCACCACCGUCUCCGCCGCACAUACUCACUCCUCCUCACAACAACCACCACCCUCUUCCUCAUCCUCAUAACAAUCCUAAUCUUCAUACUCAUUGUGGUCCCCACUAUAUACUCUUUCAUUUCAAACAUCUUCAAAUUCAAACCACAAGAUGUUAAACACUCUUGGGAUUACUUAAACCUUAUACUAGUUCUCUUCGCUGUCGUUUGCGGUUUUCUUACUAAAAACGACACCAAUGAAACGCAAACGACACCGCGUCGUUUUGAUAGUUAUAAUACUCAUCGUAGAAGCUUUUCGAAUCCUGACACUGAAACGCCGCCGUUUUGGUAUGGUAAUGAAAAUCCAUCGGUGUUUAAUCGGUUGAGAAGCGGUGGAUCGUAUCCGGAUCUCCGUCGACCGGAGGUGGUGGUUGCUGACGGCGGCGAUGAUCGGUACCGGUUUUAUGAUGAUACUCGUGUAAAUUUUCGUUAUCGGUAUCCGAGAUUUCAAGAUGAAGAUGAAUUUCACCGGGAGACGGUUACUUCCGGUGAAACUUUCCGGCAACCGGAGGUGAAACCAGUAACCGAAAGUGAAACACCGCCGUUUUGGUAUGAGAAUUCUAGUCUGUCUUCGUUUAACCGGUUGAGAAGCAGAGGAUCGUAUUCGGAUCUCCGGCGAUCGGAGGCGGUAGUUGUUGACGAUGAACGGUACCGGUUUUAUGAUGAUACUCAUAUUCACUUCCCUUAUCGGAACUCUAGAUUGGAAAGUGAAGAUGAAUUUCACCGGGAAAAGGUUACUUCCGGUGAAGUUUCCCGGCGACCGGAGGUGAAACCAGUGCCAGAUUCUCAAACUGAAGAUGUUGGAAGAAAUGUUGAUCCGAUGUAUGAAGUGGAAACGGUUGAGAAAUCGGUAAUCAAUGAUUCUGUUGUGGAGAAUUCACAACCGCCGCCUCUGCAACCGAUACCUGCGUUGAGGAAGAAGAAAACCAGGAGUGCAUCUAUGGAAAACGUGGCAGUAGUGACUUCUGCGGAAUUUUCCUCUCUGGUGCCGGAACCGGAGCUUAAUCCGCAUCGGCAACCGGCUGCGAGGAAGAAGAAAAUUAGGAGUGAAUCUGAAGUAAACACGGCAGCAGUUACUUCUGCAGAAUUUUCUUCGCCAGUGCCGGAACAGGAGCUAAAUCCACAACUGCCGGUGAUGAGGACUAAAGGUGUUCGAGGAAAUUUCAAGCGAACAAAUCAACCGAAAGCGAUCGAGAAAUUGGAAGAUAAUGAUUUUUUCGUUGAGAAUUAUCUACCACAGACGGUGCCACAGCGGUCAAUGGCGGAGAGAAAGACAGGCAUUCCUCUUAAGAAGAAAAGAGGGAAUGCUACUAAAGAGUUUUUAGCUUCAUUAAGAGGAAAGAAGAAGAAACAAAGAUCAAAAAGUGUUGAAAAUUUUGAAACCAUUCAAAAUUCUCAACCUUCGCCACUUGUUUCACAACCCCCUCCGCCGCCACCCCCGCCUCCCCCAGCGUCGGUUUUUCACAACCUGUUCACUUCGAACAAAAGCAAACACAAAAAAACCUACCUUGUUCCUAUGGCAAGAGAGAAUUCUAAUUAUAGAUUGGAAAAGAAUGUGGUGAUGACUGGUAAUGAGUCACCCUUGAUUCCUAUCCCUCCUCCGCCACCGCCUCCACCGUUUAAGUUACCGGCGUGGAAGUUUAGAGUUCAGGGUGAUUAUGUUAGGGUUGAUAGCAUUGGUAGUUCGAGGAGUGGUUCACCAGAUUCAGAUGAAGUUGUUGAGUCACCAGUUAGCCAAUGUAGUAAUAGUCCCUAUGCUGAAGAUGGUGAAGAGAAGAAUGCCACUGAAAUUGGAAAUGCAAGUGCAAAUCCGUUGUUUUGUCCUAGUCCAGAUGUUGAUACCAAAGCUCAGAACUUUAUACAGAAUUUUAGAGCUGGGUUGAGGAUGGCUAAGAUGAAUUCCUUGAGGGAGAAGCAAGGAAUUGGGAGGUCCAAUCUUGGUCCUUUACAAAACCCUUAUAUUUAAAAUGAAACUAGACCAAGUUCAAGUUACAAGAUUGAUAUUUGCUUUAUUCUUGAUUGUUAUUUAAAACAGUUUUUCUCUAAAUGGUUUGUUGAUAGAUAUUCAGAUAUAUAGAUUUCAUUUUCAUACAGAGGAAUUAGUUCUUGUGCAAAGAGAAUUCUGACAUACAGAUAUUGUAGUAAUGUAGUGCUCUUUUUCUUUUCUUGAGUGGGGUGUGGCUUUUGUAUGCUUUGUGUAUAUGAUAUGGCCAGUUUUGGAUGCUUCGAUUGUAAGAUUAUUGAAUGUUUUUUCUAGUUAUGGUUCAAACAUUGUUUAAGUAAUCAAAAUUCAAAGGAUAGUUAACAUCA